AUUAAAAGGUUUAAUCCUCAAAAAUUAGUUCAUAACAUAUUAAGUGAUUAUGGAUUUAAGGCAUAUCCAAAGGGUAAGAUGACAUUUGUCAUUAAAAUAAUACUUUAAAAUACAUUGAAGGAGGAGAAGAUGAAUCGAGUGGUGAGGGGAUGGGGAGAAAAGGGGAGGAAAGAGAAGAACUGAACUUAGGCCAAGAAUUAAAUCAGAAAUGUCAUUGACCAGUUGGACCUCUUUACUUCGGGGUAGACUCUGCUCCUCAGUACUUGUACUGAGUGGUAGCUUACUACACAAAUAGUCCCAUGUGCACCAUCAAUUUGGUGGUAGAUUUCAGUAUUGUUACUCACGCUAGUCCUACUAAACUUGGGGUGCUACCCAACCUAAGGACAUCAGAAUCUGACCCAUAAACUUUGCAGAAUAAGCUAUCACUCAAUGCAAGUCUGGAUGGCAGAAUCAGAUUCUCAAAGACAUUUGGAGGAAAGAGAAUAAGAAAUGUAUUUCUUGAAGUAAAUUCCUAACCGAAUCUUGCCAAAACAUGGGCAAGCUUUCCUUGCUUGAAAGAAAUACUACACUUUUCACAGAUUUCCUCUGGGUAUGUUUAAUAUAUCCCAGCUAAUUUGCCUAUUUUGGGGCUAUCUCCAUUAGCCUUAUUACUACUUCUCUUAGAAUACCUUGUUUCUGUUGCUGGAAUCUGAAACAAUAUCUUUGGAAGAACAAGUUCCUUCUCUUACUCCAGGGAAAGAUUUUAACUUGUCAUUGAACAGUGUGCAGGGCUUAUAUACCCCAUCAGCGUUCUCUGAAAUUUCUGGGAAAUCCACAUAUAUUCAGCAAUCCAUCACUCAGAGCCAGUGUGCAGAUUGGCCCCAUGUAAAUAAUACAGAUGCUCAGUGACAGCCUCUUGAUUUGUAUUGCUUCACUCAGGCAAAAGAAAAAGAAAAUAAAAUUAAGGUAUAAAAAGUGAAGGAUAAUUUACACUCCAGCAGAUAAAAACUGAGAAAGUGUUUGUCUGAAGAGUUACUAAGGUGCUGAACAGACCAGCCAUGCAGUGCCUAUACAGAGCCUAAUUCUGCCACCCUAAAGCUGAGUGUCACAUUGGUCCAGUAGGUCUAAAGGGUACCUUAAUUCUUUUUUGCAUCAUUAUUGUUAUUAUUAAUCAUUCGUAUUGCAGUAGCACCUAAAACGCCAAUCAAGCAUCAGGGGACCAUUGUGCUGAGCACUCUAUGAACACAACAAAAGAUUGCCCCUUCUUCAAACAUCUUAUAUUCUAUAGCCUCAAUCCUAACAAAAACUUCUAUUUCAAUACUGAAAUUUACUACUGGGAGUAGUCCCAUUGAAGUCACUUGUGGUAGUAAAAUUAAGGAUGUACAUAAGCGUUUGCCGCAUCAGGGCCUAAGCUAGAGUGACCAGGCAGCAAGUGUGAAAAAUCGGGACGGGGAUAUGGGGUAAUAGGCGCCUAUAGAAGAAAAUGCCCCAAAUAUCGGGACUGUCCCCAUCUGGUCACCCUAGCCUAAGCAGACAUAUCCUCUGCUUUUGACUUAAGACUUAUAAUACAGCAUUAAAUAAAUUUCUCUCUCCCCCCCGCAUUUUUAUUUAACAACAGAUUUACUUUUAUCUUUAUUUUCACUGCUCUAAAAGUGGAAAGGUAGUUAAUUGACAUGUGUGACUGCACAAAUACAAAUUUAGACCCUUUUAAAAAUACAUGUUAACAUUUUAAAGUAUUAUGUGUAUCAGGUCAGUUGCAGUGGAUGAGUUAGUACAAAAACUAGGAUUUUACAAUCUGCACUUGAAUGGAUUCUUGCACCUGGGCAGAAUCCCACUGAAGAGGGCUCUGAAUAGGCAAAAAGAUGGUGCAUGUAGUUUGGAUUGCAGGGUCAGGGCCAUUGCCUGGAAAGGAAAAGCAUCAAAAGUAAUUUGAUUGAGAUAUUUAAGAUUGGGAAAGUCACUGUAAAAGUCAUCAGUCUCACCUUUUGACUCCUGACCCUAGCAAGAGACAAGAAUAAAAUCAACCGAGCAAUGAAUUUAGAACAAUUUUUGAAAAAAAAAUCCCUUUUUUGCAGCAUUUUCUCAGGCUGAGAAAUUUGCUGCUGCAGUAGGUCAUCAGGUUAAAUACUAUGACUGGAUAAUUUUAUCACUGAUAAUGGGCCAAAUCUUUCUCCUUUAAUCCAUGCAUGUAGUUCUAUUGACUUCACUAAAAGUACUUACUUGUUUGCGAGAGAUACCAGGAUUUAACUGAAUAGUGGUAUGAUAGCUGUGCCAGAUAAAAUAAUAAAUGUAAUCAAGUCUUUUGCUUCAGAGCAUAUGCUGUUUACUUAAGAGGUUAGUAAGGAAGGAUUUUCCAUUCACCAUUUCAUAAUUAGGUCAGAGCAGUUUCAAGCAACAGAUGCUGACUGCUGCUAGAGGUAAAGGGUCAGAGAUUGUCUUCUCCAGUGUUGCAAACCUUUUGCCCAGUGUAACUGUAGUUUAUUCUGUAAGUAUAUAUUAUAGGACUCUUAUGUGUGGGUAUUGAGAAAAUGGGCAGAAAAGCUGCAGAAAAAAUAUGAAAUAUUUGAACUUGUAUUAGUUUUUGAACUCUUCUUAAGCAAGCAUGCAAAUAAUUACUCCUCUCCUCAGCCACAAUGUUGUAAAUUAUACAUUAGUGGUAUGAAUUACAAGCCAUGUUUCUGUCUGGACUGAACUUGGAUAUCCAUUUCUAAGUCUUUCAGAAUAAAGGCUGCUAAUAGAAACCAUUCUUAACAAUAGCAAUAGCCCACAGUUUCCUUUAAUUUUGUAAGGAUUUGCAUCUUUUGACCCUUUCAGAGGGAAAAAUGACUAAAAUCAAACUUUGCAGAUGGAAUCCUGAGAUUCAGAAACCUAUAGGUUUUAGUGGCAUUUAGUAAAGAAACCAUUCUUAGAAAAAAACUGAGUUGCCAAUGGACUGGAUUAAGGCCUAUGCACUAUAGAUAAGUCUAGAAUAAUGCUUAUGCAGUCAAGUUAUGAUGUCAGAAUCUCAUCCCUCAAUAAAAAAGAGUUUCUAGAUCUGUUAAUUACAAAGAAAACCUUGAAAGUGAGCUGAGCAUAAUGAAAUCAGUGCUGUUAUGAGCAGGACUAGGUUGCCCCUGGCUAGCUGGAGGGAGGGGACCGCUUCUGCUGCUCCCAACUCUCCUGAGGGGGGACCUCUUCUGUAAUCUCUGCCAUUCUCUAGAGGAGGAGACCCAAGAUGUCAUGCCUAUCUCUCUGUGUGGGAGAGCCCUCUGCUGUCACCCCACCACUCACAAGCGUAGGGGACCUGGUUGCCAUUGCUCCUUGCCAGGUUGGCAUUCUUUCUACAGCUCACUCUGUCACUCUUUUGGUCUCCCCCUUACUCUCCAGAGUGAGAGGGGAAGAUCAGUGGUGGAAAGUAGGCAAUAAUAAAUAUGGGAUAUGGAAUGAAUGAGGAGGGAGAGGAAAUGAAUGUGUAGAUGGAAUGAGGGAGGGAUAGAGUAAGAGUAGAAGAGUCUUCACUCAGAGAUGUCACAUUUCAGUGUGGGUAACCAUUGGUUCUGCACACAGCCGAGAAGGAACGCUGGUCCUCACCUCACCCCUUGGCAUAAGGAGGAGAGUGCAUCCGAUGAAGUGAGCUGUAGCUCAUGAAAGCUUAUGCUCUAAUAAAUUUGUUAGUCUCUAAGGUGCCACAAGUACUCCUUUUCUUUUUGCGAAUACAGACUAACACGGCUGCUACUCUGAUACCUCCUUGGAGCUGGGGUUCCUGCCUAUGGGUUGAUUAGGAGAAGCACAUCUACACCACGUUGGUAGAGGUCUCUUGCUGCUGCCAUCCCAUCCUGGUUUUGUUUGGGUGGUGCUGGGUACAUAGGGAGUCCUGCAGUCAGGUGGGGGGAGGAUGAGUCCUUUCUCCUCUUGGAUGGACCCAAGAUCACCUGGAGACAAGGAGUAGGGAGGAGACCAGGGGUGGCCCAGCCUACUCAAAAGGAAAUGGUGGUAGACCCCCCGCACCUCAUUCCCAGAAGAUUGCAUUUGAGGACCAGCACCCCAGGUGAUGCGAUGGUGUGGAGAUCAAGGCUAUGGCAGGGAUCGGACUAAAGGGAGCUCAUGUGGUGGUGAGUCUGGGGAUUGCCUUAAUCUGACCCUGAUGCUGCCAAUUUUACUCACAUCGAACAGGCCCUUACUACAGCAAUAAUCUCAUUAAAACCAGCGGAAUAGUGGCGGAAAUGAGCAUUACUCAGCUGGAGUAAAGUCUGCAGAACUGGGCUGAGUCUUAAUAAAUCAGCUAUCUGAAGUUAAAUCAUCCAUCCUCGUAUAGGCGUAGCAGGUGAAGUACGUGUUGACUAUGCAUGAAGGAGCAAAACCACCAUCCACUUGACGUUCCGUUCACUCUCCUAGUCCAAUCGUGUGGAUUUUAGGUAUUUGAAUAGAUUCAAAAUCACAGCCAUUUUCCAGCAGGGCUUUUCUCAGCAAUUACCUCCCGGAGCCCACUCAGAAACGCUUUCAAAAGGAACACGCUGCCUCCCGGCUGGAUUUCCUCCUCCACCUCCUCCUGAUGCAUCAGCGGCUCCUGCUCCUUCCCCCUCCCCACGAAAGACGGGGGUUUGCCCUUCAACUAACCAGACGCUCCAGGAAAGCCGGCGCCGCGCGCUCAGAAGUUGGACGCGCGGAAACAGGUGCCCUGCGCGGCCGCCUCCCGCGCCUUUCGCUCGCCCGCGCUCCGGCUCCCACCGCUGCCGCCCCGGGCGGGGAGUGCGCGCGCGCGCGCCGCGCCGGGGACCGGGGCGGCGCGGCUGGAGCUCGCCGCGCGCGCGUGACGUUCCGCCUUCCCCCGGCGGCGGCGGCGGGCGCCUCGUGCAGCAGCAUCUCCCCAGCGCGGAGCCGGGCGGCUUCGCCUUUUCCUUCAGCUAUUUGCAGCUCGUCAUUUCCGCCAGGCUCCCGGCCGUGCGGGAGAAAGAGACGAGCGCGGAGCUCGGCGAGCUGCCGUGAGGGGACCGUGGCUGAGCCCUAGCCCCGCGGUUGCCUGAUUAGCCGCUCACGCCCCCUCGGGAGCAGCGGGGGCGGGAGGCCCGAGGCGACGGAGCGUGCAGCAGCUUCCCCCCCCCCCCCCCCCCCCCCGCAGGCCGAGCCAGCCACAUGAAUUGAAACCCCGAGAGAGACGCAGAGGCAGAGCCAGCGAGCGGGAGAGGCGCGCGGGGCUCUGGUGGCGUCCCCUCCGCUGGCGGGCUGGGGCUGGGCUGCGAGCGGGCUGUUGGAAAACCUACUACAGCAAAAAGCAACCUCCCCCUUUCUCCCGCCUCCCCCCCCCCCCAUCGCCGCCAGCUCCCACUGCUCGGCUGCCCGGGAGGACGAGGGGAGUGGGGCAGCGCUUCUCCGCCCGCCCAAGCAGCGGCCAAGUGCCCGAUGGCUCUCAUCAUGGAACCCGUGAGUAAAUGGUCUCCGAGUCAAGUGGUGGACUGGAUGAAAGGUCUUGAUGAUUGCCUGCAGCAGUAUAUUAAGAACUUUGAGAGAGAGAAGAUUAGUGGGGACCAGCUACUACGUAUUACUCACCAGGAACUGGAGGAUCUGGGAGUCACACGAAUUGGCCACCAGGAGCUUAUCUUGGAAGCAGUUGACUUGCUCUGCGCAUUGAACUAUGGUUUGGAAACAGAAAAUCUAAAAACCCUUUCUCACAAGCUAAACGCAUCUGCCAAAAAUCUGCAGAACUUUAUAACUGGGAGGAGGAGGAGCGGUCACUAUGAUGGCAGGACCAGCCGAAAAUUACCAAAUGACUUCCUGACCUCUGUGGUGGAUCUGAUUGGAGCAGCUAAAAGUCUGCUGGCUUGGUUGGACAGAUCACCUUUUGCUGCUGUGACAGAUUACUCAGUAACGAGAAAUAAUGUCAUACAGCUCUGCCUGGAAUUAACAACAAUUGUACAACAGGAUUGUACAGUAUAUGAAACGGAGAAUAAAAUUCUUCAUGUGUGUAAAACUCUCUCUGGCGUCUGUGACCACAUUAUCUCUCUCUCGUCUGAUCCUCUGGUUUCACAGUCUGCUCACCUUGAAGUGAUCCAGCUAACAAACAUAAAACCAAGUGAAGGGCUGGGUAUGUACAUUAAAUCAACAUAUGAUGGUCUCCAUGUAAUUACUGGAACAACAGAAAAUUCACCUGCAGAUCGGUGCAAGAAAAUCCAUGCUGGAGAUGAAGUGAUUCAAGUUAACCACCAAACUGUGGUGGGGUGGCAGUUGAAAAAUUUGGUGAAUGCACUACGAGAGGAUCCGAGUGGUGUUAUCUUAACUUUGAAAAAGCGACCUCAGAGCAUGCUUACCUCAGCACCAGCUUUACUGAAAAAUAUGAGAUGGAAGCCCCUUGCUCUGCAGCCGCUUAUUCCUAGAAGCCCUACAAGCAGCGUUGCUACACCAUCCAGCACGAUCAGCACACCCACUAAAAGAGACAGUUCAGCACUCCAGGAUCUCUACAUACCCCCUCCUCCGGCAGAGCCUUAUGUUCCCAGGGAUGAAAAGGGAAAUCUUCCAUGUGAUGAUAUUGGCAGACAUAUAGUGGGCAAGCCAGUUCAUAAGGGUUCCGAAUCUCCAAAUUCAUUUCUUGACCAGGAAUAUCGGAAGCGCUUUAAUGUGGUUGAAGAAGAUGCAGUCUUAUACUGCUAUGAAUAUGAGAAAGGAAGAACAGGCGGCUCUGGGAGGAGAGAGAGCACUCCAACGUACGGCAAACUAAGACCUAUCUCUAUGCCAGUGGAAUAUAACUGGGUAGGGGAUUAUGAAGAUCCCAAUAAGACAAAAAGAGAUAGUAGGAGAGAAAAUUCAUUACUUCGCUAUAUGAGCAAUGAGAAAAUAGCUCAAGAUGACUACAUGUUUCAAAAGAAUAGCAAAAAGGAUACAGGGAAAAAAUCCAAAAAGAAAGGAGACAAGAAUAAUAGUCCAAGUCAUUACUCCUUGCUGCCUAGUUUACAAAUGGAUUCAUUAAGACAAGAAGUCAUUGGUACACCUGGGCCUGACACCACCUACUAUCAUACCUUUCAGCAGUCUUCUCUACAGCAGAAAACUAAAAAGAAAAACAAAGCUCCUAUUCCUGGUAAGAGCAAAAGGCGGAUUUCCUGUAAAGAUCUGGGCCGUGGGGACUGCGAGGGCUGGCUUUGGAAAAAGAAAGAUGCCAAGAGUUAUUUCUCCCAGAAAUGGAAGAAAUAUUGGUUUGUUCUGAAGGAUACUUCUCUAUACUGGUAUAUCAAUGAGGAGGACGAAAAAGCAGAGGGAUUCAUCAGUCUACCUGAAUUUAAAAUUGAUAGAGCCAGCGAGUGCCGCAAGAAAUAUGCAUUCAAAGCCUGCCAUCCUAAGAUCAAAAGCUUUUACUUUGCUGCUGAACAUCUAGAUGACAUGAACAGAUGGCUAAACAGAAUUAACAUGCUUGCUGCUGGCUGUGCAGAAAGAGAGAGGAUCAAACAAGAACAAGAUUACUGGAGUGAGAGUGAUAAGGAAGAAGCAGACACUCCAUCAACACCCAAACAAGACAGUCCACCACCCCCAUACGAUACAUACCCACGACCUCCUUCGAUGAGCUGUGCAAGCCCUUUCGUGGAACCAAAACACAGCCGACUUUCUUCUACAGAAACUUCCCAGUCACAGUCUUCGCAUGAAGAGUUCCGUCAAGAUGCAGUAGGAAGCACCACUGAAUCACCUGUGCGCAAAACAGCCAGUCAGCGACGUUCCUGGCAGGAUUUAAUAGAGACUCCACUGACAAGCUCGGGACUGCACUAUCUUCAGACUCUGCCCCUUGAGGAUUCAGUAUUCUCUGACUCAGUUGUAAUCUCUCCAGAACACAGGCGGCAGUCAACUCUUCCAACUCAAAAGUGCCACCUACAGGAUCACUAUGGUCCAUUUCCCUUGGUAGAGGGUGAGAGAAAGCAAGUGCUAACUGGGAAUGGGGGCAAGCCCCGCAGUUUUACUCUGCCUCGGGAUAGUGGGUUCAACCACUGCUGUCAGAACCUUUCAGUUAGUGCCUCUGAUCACCAGGAAGAUGUACAACAGAAAAAGUUAGAUGAGGAGGAGGAAGAAGGGAAAGCAGCGGCAGAAAACCAAGAAGAUAAAAGCUAAUACACUGCGAGAGUUGAUAGAACCUCUCCAUGCCAAAUCGGAUCCACUUCUCUUGGCACUGAACUGAUUGGACUCAGAUUGAUAAACUAAUGAUUAGAGAAUUUAGAUCGGAGAGAAUUGGCACGACGGAGACUCAACUUCAGCCUCUUGCAAGCAACCUAAUGGCCUCCGUUCAGAAAGUUUAAUUCUUCUUGAAUAACUUUGAUGUUUAUAAAAGAACAGACAUUUUAAAGCAUAGACAACCAAAUGUCUGGAUAUGGGGACUCCAGGAAAGUGUUAAAGGGGCAGACCUAUUACCAGUCUUUUGAAGAAUGCAUCCUUUCCACAAUGGGACUAGGCACAAAAUCAUAUCCUGUCUACGUGGAGCGCAGUUGCAGAAAAUACUGCCCCCUGCAUAGGAGAACAGAAGGGGAAGAGGGUCAUGGCAGGGGAAGGGCUCUGAUGACACACAGUUGUGUUCUGCAGACUUCAAGGAAUUAAAGAGGGAUCAGCUAUGGUAACUAUAAAAUCCUGUUGUUUUUAUUGACUUCAGUGACUUCAUUCAGGCAAAGCAGAGAAAGCUAAUAUAAUUUAAGUGUACUUCACUUAAGUGAAGGAGUUAACUUGCUGUAUCAUACUAAAUUAAGUGUAUUCUUCCAAGUCAAGGUGUGUACAGACUAUUUGGAGACUUAAUAUAUGUUUAAUGAUUUAUAAUGAAUUAUCAGAAGGCACACUGAAACUGAUUUGGAUGACGGUGAUGGAGAAGAUACCUCAUGCUGGGAUUUAUUAGACUCCACAGAUAAAAUCCACAAAUCCUCUUUAUUUCUAGGACUUACAUGUGAGUGAUGCUGCCUCACAGAACAGGCAUCAGGUAUUCUCUGUAUAGCACUCGCACUCCAUGGGGUUGUUUUGGGGCCAGUAUUUGUCUGGAUGUCACUCAAAGUAGAUUCCAAUAUUGUUAUUUAUCAUUAUGUUCUGGCUCCCUGUGAGUUAAUGUUUGCCUUUAUCUCUGUGAUUAGAAUGUGGAUUUUCCUUUAUAUAUUUGGCUACGGGUGUAUUGUUAUAAUGUCAAUGCUAAUUACUUGAUAUUUCAUAUUAUCUUAUGGAGAGAUACUUUUAAAAAUGUAUUUUGAAAUGUUUUCUUUCUGUUGGCUCAAUGUAUGGUAUUGCGUUCUGUUAAUACCAAUAAAAUUAUAGUUAUAUAUAGUUAUAUAUAAAUAUUUCCCUUUUAUAUAUAAGUAGACUAUGCUCUUUUUCCUCACAAGUAAGAAUUGUGCAGUGGAUAAAAUUUCAUCUCUCUGCUUUACAGCAGUAACAAAGCUAUAAUAGUUUUAAUAUUAAUUUUAUAAAAUAAAAAUCCAGUAUACUAUGACAUAUAUGCUAGUUGGAUAUACAUCAGUAUGCAUAUUGUGUUUCAAUUUAACAUUAAUGGACCUCUCACAAGUCAAUCUAUAUAUUUAACAACAUGAUUUUGACAUUUUUAAUUGUUACCAAUCAAGAAAUUGAACAUGCCUAUUAUAGCAAAAUAUGCCCACUGUUACUUGUUGUUUACAAAAUUGUACAUUGAUACAGUUUUUUGCCUGUUGACCAAACAGAUAAACCCACCAUAUUUUUAUUACUCGCGUAUCCUUAGGAAUUGAUUUUUAAAUAUAAUUUACUGCUUUUUCCAACACUUGACAAAGGCAGAAUUCAUCUCUUUAUAUAAUGUUGCCUUUGAAAUACUUGCCUCUGCCAGUGUCGAUAAAUCAGUGCUAAGCGCAUAAAGAUUCUGCAACCUGAAAGAUUUAUUGUUAAAACCUUGAUGGAAUGCCCUGCAACCUGAACCAGUCCUUUGCAUCCUGUCAUUAAACUCCAGAAUCAGUUAGAAAUGAAAUGUUUUGGAAAUGAAUUAGAGUACCAGAAGCCAAGAUAAGAAUCUAAAAUGUCCUUUGGCUGCCAUUUUGGGUUCCACUGAUGGCUCAUUUACUCUUUUUUUUGCCAAAGGCCAGAAAGAGCUAAUAUAUCUGCCCCACUGUGCAUUACAACUUAAGCUUCAUUUUUUCCUCUCACAGACUGUAUUGAAUGAGCAUUACCAUUUUUGAGAGGGAUUCCGAAGGGCUGCAAUUAGCAGCCCAUGACAUUAAUUGCAUACACAUUUGUCAAAUAUUUUUUCUGUAUGCCUUAAAAUAAAGUUUGGAAAAUGGCAGUUAACGUUUCUUCAAUGAAGACAGUUGAUUUAUUCAUUAGGGUAGGGUUUUUAAAGGUAUUAUUUUCUGCUUAAUAAAAAAAAUUUAUAUUACUCAUUGGCAAAUAACCCAGAUUUGCCUCUGCAAAUCCUUUGUCCAUAAACUCUGUUACUCCCUUUUCCUGUGGGAAUGCACACACGUAUUCUUCCUAAUGGAUAUGGGACAGAUGUCACUUCCAUCAUGAUUAUGGUACCAAUUGUGGGAGAAAGAUUUUGUUAAUAAAGUGCACAUGUUCCAUGUUCAAAAGUUUAUUCAGCAUCUGGACAUUUAAUUGCAUAAGAAAUCUGUGGUGAAGAGUAUAUUGCUGUUAAAUUUUUGUUGUUGUUAUUUUAGGUUUUGUUACCAAAGGUGCUAUAUAGGGGCCCAGUCCUAGGUGGUGCUUAGAGGAGAACAGACUACAGUGGUGUUGAGGGCAUUCAGCACCUGACAAGCUUUACAUCU